AUGGAGGGUGGAGCUCCGCUGAUUCUGAAUCGAGACCUUGAAUUCCGCAAUGUUGAGAUCCUCACAGUCUAUUUUCAAUACGAAAAGCCUGAUUGCUACAGCAAACGAUGUUAUUGCAUCACACAUGACAAGCAGUCUUGCCCAGAGAGGCCUCCGGCUCGACAAGCUCGAGGUUAUGGGCGCCUGCAGGAGGGAGAGGAGGACAGAUACCGGCAAAAGGAGAGAUAUGUAGCACCGACCCAAACACGAAGACGCAGACAUAUUGGUGAUGAAAUGAAGGAGAAUGACGAUGGUGUGGUGGCUCUGGCGAAGAAACCAGUCCGGAGGAACCUGUUUGGUGACGAGGAACCCUCUAUGGCUCAACCUGCGGCGGCGUUGAACUGUGUCAGAAAGACCGAUCCCUUGAAUUCGACUGCGGACUCACUGUAUGCCUCACCGGUGACGCUGCGGGACAUCAAUACGGUGCCUGUGAAGCCAUCCUGA